UUUUAAUUAUUGAUAACGUCUAAUUGUAGUAAAAUCCAACAUAUUUCAGGGAGAAAGUGUAAUAACGUGUAGUUCACAUUUCGGACUGUGGGGGGCAGCAGAGUGACGUAGAAGAGCGUUCGGUCCACCGGAAGUGACAGACGAAUAAGUAAACUCCAAAACAAACCUUCUACAUGUGGACAUGUGGGCGGACUACAGUUUAAAUAUAUAAUAAACUACAAACUGAAGACGCUUUUUGAGAAGUGAAAAUGGACGAAGAGCAAACGGCUGGGUACAGGGAGCCCUGUGGUGUGUGUUCAGCGGUGGAUUGGGGCGUUUCAGACGAGGGACGUUUCUACUGCAGGUCCUGCCACAACGUCAUCGAGAGAACCAGAGAGGUGGUGGACCCCACCUUCACUCCCGGCUCCUCCCGGAUCUCCACCAUCGGCCGAGGAACCAGAAACAAGAGGCCCGAGCGCGGGCGCCAGUGGGUGAUCUGCGAAGGCUUCCAGUUCAUCCUGAGAAACCAGGCCAACGCUCUGCUCAAACUGGGAGUCAGUCCACGAUUUAAGGAUGAAGUGCUGAGUCAGCUUUGGAGAAUCUACCAAGAACAUUUAUUGUCUUCAAAACUGUAA